UUUCUUAGUUAAAGAAUUUGGGAUUUGUAGUUGACUUUAUUGAUAGCAAAAAUGGGAGAGUCAUAUAAGAAGCGUAAUGAACAGUUGAAAUCAUUCAAGGAUGACCCAGUUGUGGAAUCCCUUGCCAACAACGUAAGAAUACGUGCUGAGGCUGUCAACAACAUACGUAAGAAGGAGGGUUUUUCUAUCGCUUUCCUGAAAGAAGUGACGGCAUUUGUUUCCUACAUGAAUGGCCAAGCUGCCUCUGUAAUCUUGGCAUGCAAACAGGAUAUAUCGACUAGCAACAAGAGCUUUAAGCUGGUUGUCAAUGAGUACUUGAACAAUAGUGAGCAGCUGCUGGACUUCUGUUCUGCAUUGGAUAAGUUCGUGAAAUCAGCUCGGGAUAGUCAUUUAUAUACACAAUAUGUGGUUCAACAGUGCUUUGACAACAAGAUGGAAACUGAGUACUGCCUGAAGAUUUUGGAGAAACUGAAGAUUCUCAAGUCCUCUGAUGAUAUCCAUACUGAUUCUGCUGAGAGCUUGCACCAAAAGAUCAAAGGUUUGAUUGCGCAGUUUGAAAAACUAUGCAAGAAUUUGGUGCACGAAAUUUUAAGAUUAAUGAAGAGAAGAAUCGUGACUUGUAGGUGCGGAUUCUUACCCGAUUUAGCAGACAUUGUUUCUGGUAUUGCAGAAAUUGCUACUGAUGUUGCAGAUGCUGCUUCUAAUACAGCUGAUGCUGCUUCGUGUGCGGUUGAUGCUGCUACUCAUCCACAUAUUGAGUCAGUACAAGCAGCAUCCUUAGAAUUUAUUAAUAAUCAUGAGACUGCUUCAAAGUAUGCUGUCAGCGCCGGGUUUACAGCAGUUGCUGCAGUACCUUUAAACUUAGGGCAUUCAUUAGUGAUGUCUCACUAUGAUAAUAAACAAAAGGUUUUGGACAACAAGAAGAAGGACAUGGACGCAAUACGUAGAGAAAGAUAUGAAGCAAAAGCUGGAGAUGUUCAUGAAGAAAUUGACGAUUUGGAUGCAGAAGCAGUGAAAUGCAGCGCUGAAACAUUGAAGGCAAGGGAUGACGUGCGCAACAGAAUCAGACUCUAG